UGAUCAGUAGCACGCUUGUCACGCGCAAAUGGAAAAAUCACGGAUUUGCUCGAAUCUUUUAAGAAUUUCUCGGCGCACAAUGAUCGGACCUGCUUGAGACUUUCCAAAAUAGUUACACAUAUGUUAAAGAUGAUUUUGGACUAAACAGAGGUAGAAUAAAGGUUUUUUGAAAAAAUUGAAUCGGAGCCGAAUUGUAAAGUUAGCGACAAAAACAUGGCGUCACGCGUAACUCGCGUGGGCUUCACUAUUCACUGUUUUUCUGUUUUUGCCAGCGUAAGUUUCGUCUAUAGCCGUAAAACUUAACAGGUGAUGAAAAUGGUUCCCUUUUAAGCGAAGUGGCAAACAAAAUCCUGACAAUUGGGGCUAAAUCUUUGUUAAAAUCAACAAAAGUGUUCAACAUAUAAUGCAUCACGCUUAAAGCUUGGUAGAGACAGAUCAUUUUCAAUUCAUUGUGCGAGUCAUAAUUCCCGAGUGACAGAACAAUUUAACCUCAAAAUGUAAUGCUCAUAAGUUGCUUUUCGCUCUCCUUCCGUUUUUUGUGUUUUUAUUGAAGCGUUGUCGAGAUAUGAAUUUUUUUCUGCGUUCUAAACAGUUGGCAAGCGGUGUGAUCUGCCGCGCGAUAAUUCUGGUCAUUGAAUUUCCCAAUCGUCUUGUUUACGAAGAGUGCACUGGAGCGUGUAAAUGUUAACAUACGCAAAAUGCUCAAAUAACAAGCUAAAUUUUGCUACCAAAAUUGAUCGAAUCCGUUGAAAGCCGACGAAAAUAUUAGCAAUAAGUUUUGUUCGAAACAUUUGGUCGACAAGUUUGAUCCUGAGGAAGGUAAGUGAUCGAAUUUCGAGAAAAAACAAGCGCGACGCUCUAGUCAUUUUGACGGCUUCCUUCGCUUCCAAAUCGUCCCAAAGUCUACAGAAUCAAGCAUUGUUUUCGAUUUCCUUAUUAGGAAGUAAAAUAUUGCAUUUCGUCAGAAAUGAGCGGGAAACCCCCUGAGCACGUGCCGCAUGUUUCAAGGACGCAGUCAAGUACACGUAAGUACAAAAGGCUGUGUUGUUCGCAAGCACAAGGCUGUGAAAUUGAAUGCAAAGAUUAUGGAUUCUGGAGUUUCUAGGAUUCAAAUGUGGCGAGAACAAAAGAAGAAGGAAAGACAAGAGAAAAGAAGAGCACAUUAUGAGAAAAACCGAGAGAAAAUUAUUGAAAAGGUCGUGGAAGCCAGAAAGAAAAGUCGAGAAGCCAAGAGCGGACAACGGCGGAAUGUUCCUAUCAAAGAUGCCACAAAGAAACGUCGGCGCGAACGAAACCAGCAAAAGACAGGUUCAAAAAAUAAAGGGAAACUUGAGGAACAGAGAAAGAUGGCUAGAGAACGAAGUAAGCGAUACCGUCAAAAAAAGAAAGACCAAAAUGCACAGGUUCAAGCGGAAGCCACACCGAUCGACGUUACUGGUACGCCGUUCCCAAACAGGAUGGCCAAGAAACGUGCCAUUGGACGAACUAAGAAGAGUCUCCCAGAUACACCGGAGAAGAAAGCAGAAAUAAUGGCAGCUAUAUCAGAAAGUCCACGUACAAGGAAAGUACUCGAGAAACGCGGACUAAUGAAAACACCAGAAGAGGAGAAAGAAGUGAAUGCACUGAAAGCGCUUGCUAGCGAUCUCACCCAAGGCCUUAAAGCCGUCAAAAAUGACAAGUCAAACAAAGGAAGAGCUGCACUUGUCGCGGCAAAAUCACUUUCUUUUGGUCAAAAUGUUAAAAAGAGUAGAAGCCAGAAGACACUUUCAAAGCUCAUAGCCUUGGAUAGAAGAAGCAUCAAGUCGGGAAUUGAAAAACGCGAAAUGAUCUUAAAAGGUGAAGAGUCAAGCUGGCUUGCAACCAAACGAAAAACCAGGCGGGAUGCAGUCACUGAAGAAACCAAAGAGCUUGUUUAUGAUUAUUGGAAAAUGGUAGCAAGUAGACCGACAGGAAACAAGAAAGACUUGAUUAGAAAACGCGUUGGAGUGAAAACGUGGGUUGAACAUCCGAAACACGUGCUUGAAAAAACCCAAACGGAAGCCUACGUAGAGUUUGCGUCAAUGCAUCCAGAGAUAAAGAUAUCUCAGCGAAAAUUUGAAAACCUGAAGCCUUAUUUUGUUAGGGGGGCAAGGGAACGAGAUAGGCAGACUUGCAUGUGUCGUCAGCACGUUGAACUUCAAAUUGUCUUCAAAGACUGCAUGAAGUUUAGGAAGAGAGUGAUUGAUGAAAGCAGGGAAGCUAAUCAAGCAGCUACAGAAGUGUAUAACUCAGUUGGAAAUAUUAUUGCGCAAACACUUUGUCCCAAACCCGAAGAUCAAGACUAUCAUAAAUUGAAAUGCUUGAAAAGGGAGUGCAAAGACUGUGGAGUUCACAACUUGGUUUUGUUGCCAGAGGAGAAAGGUGUUGGCAAUCACGAAGUGAAAUGGAAGCGUUAUGACUAUGUGUCGACUGGAAAACUUACCACUGAUGGAAAAGACAUGAAGAAAAUAGCCCUUGUCGAGAAGUGCACAGGACCAAAGGAACUGUUUGAUUAUUUUAUUCAGCUGUUAGGACAGUUUCCUUACCAUUCCUUUCUUGCUAAAUGGCAGAGGGAGCAGCUAGAUUCUCUUCUUGAAAACCUUCCUCUUGAUCAAGCUGUGUGCAUCCACGACUAUUCCGAGGGUUAUGCCUGUCGGUUUCAAGAUGAAAUCCAGUCCCAAUACUUUGACGUAAACAAAGUAAGUCUUCAUGUCACAAUUCUUUACAGGCAUUCAAGUGCUGAGGUGGAUGGCAUCCAGAGCACAGAAGAGGAACCAGCAAUUUGUAAAGAGCAUUUGUUUGUGAUUUCCGAUGACGUCACCCAGGAUCAUGACUCUGUCCUUCACAUCCAGAAGUUAAUUUCAAACCAUUUAGAAGAAUCAAACUGCACUAUCAAGAAAAUGCAUGAAUUCACAGAUGGAUGUGCAGGACAGUACAAGAGCCGACACUGCUAUGGUGACCUGUCAUGUUCCCUGGCAACUCUUGGAUAUACAGUCCAGCGAAACUACUUUGCCACCUCCCAUGCAAAGGGAGAACAAGAUGCAGCUGGCUCCCAUGUCAAACAGAAGGCAACCUCAGCAGUUCUCUCCAGGAAAGCCACACUAUCAAAUGCAAAAGAUCUUUGUAACUUUCUGAAAGAGAACUUCUCUGAACCAGCUGCUUCCUCAUUUCCUGCUAGGCAGAAGUCAGUGCAGUUAAAGCGGCGCAUCUUUUUCUAUUUGCCAUCUACUGGGGAGCUGAGUGUUGCACGUAACAGGGACGGUGGAAGAUUCUGCACUGUCAAAGGCAUCCGCCAACUACACUCUGUAAGAACUUGCAGUGAACAGCUAAAAGUCUACACAAGAGAAAGGUCUUGUUACUGCCAUGGUUGCAUUGUUGAGGAUUUUGACAGCUGUGAAAAUAAGGAAUGGGUGGGCAACUGGAAGGAGAUUGUUCUGUCAAGAGAGCCCUCAGGUGUCAUGACCAGGACAACUGAAGAUGCAAGCACCAUUGAACAUUCAGUUCAAGUUGCCGACCUGGCAACGAAAGAAAGCACUGUGGCUGUGGCAGCUGAAGAUGAUAGCCACUAUGAUUACUACCUCCUUAAAGUUACUAGCAAUGGAGUCAUUUCCCUUCAAGAAAACUUUGAGGAUCCUUAUAGUGGAAGCAUUUAUUCCAAAGGAGAAGCUGUUCUUCUUGGAAAUUUCUUUUUAAGGGAGAACAUUAUUGAUCGCACAUACAAACUAGAUGAUAAGGUGGCAGGAGUAUUCCCAGGAACUGUGCGGUACAUUUGUGGACCACUUGUGUCAAAGCGAAGGAGAGCAAGACCAAUUUAUCAAGUUCCGUUGGAUGAACAUGAACAAAUUCUGGCAUCCCUUUAACUGUUUUUGCUCUUAGUAGCUUCAAAUUUACAUUUUUUGCCGAAACUUUCCUUAAAAUAUGGUAUUUAUGCAUUUUUUUAAAAAAAGGGCGUGGUCGCAUUGCAUCAUGGGUAAUAGAAAAUUAGCUUGAAAGGCGUCCGAAUUGAUCAAGAUGACCUAAUUUCAAGAUAGGAACUAAUUUCCUUCCCUUUCUGACUUAUUUCUAACAAAAAUAGAUUCAUUAAAAUAUUUUUCAAUUUUACCCCAAUGUUACGCCUUUGUACAUCAGAACUGUGCUACUGAUCACUA